UGUAUUGUGUUCAACUUCCGGGUUCAAAAGUCAAAUUUGUCAAACUCUCGCACGUCUAAAUAACUCUCGCGAAUCGCGAGAUUUCCCGAGACCAAUUACAGAAAAGCGCCAGUCGUUGUUGUUGGCUAAUCUUUUGACAUUUCAACGCGCAAAGUUAACGUCGAAAAGAUGGCAGAAAUGACUGACCCCAACUUUGUGGCCGCGGGCGGAGCGACACAGGCCUCGGGGCAGCAGAGUGAGGCCCAGCAGCUACUGCAGACCUUCUGGCCCAGGCAGUUACAGGGCAUCCGGGUCAUGAACCCAGCAGACUUCAAGGUCCAGGAGCUACCUUUGGCUAGGAUCAAGAAAAUCAUGAAACUGGAUGAAGAUGUCAAGAUGAUCAGUGCAGAGGCCCCACUAUUGUUUGCCAAAGCUUGUGAGAUCUUCAUUAGUGAGCUGACCCUGCGUGCCUGGGUCCACACUGAGGACAACAAGAGAAGAACGCUGCAGAGAAAUGACAUUGCCAUGGCCAUUACCAAGUUCGACCAGUUUGACUUCCUCAUCGACAUUGUGCCAAGGGACGAGCUGAAACCGCCAAAGAGACAGGAGGAAGUGCGACAAGCAGUCAUGGCCCCAGACCAGGUGCAGUACUACUUCCAGCUGGCCCAGCAGCACGUGCAGAUGCAGCAGCCGCAGCAGCCGCAGGGACAGAUCCAGCCGCAGACCGCGCAGCCCGUCCAGAGCCAGAUCAUUCCCCAGCAGCAGCAGCAGGUGGGGAGUACUUUUCCUCAGAAUACUCCUUCCCCCCUGCAGCCUCCCGCAGCCCAGCCGCAGAUCAUCUCACCGCAGCCACAACAGAGGGCAGUUGGAGUGCAGGGCCAUGGUGGGCUACAGCCAGGUUCACUAACACAACGUUCCAACCAAAUUGUGGUCCAGCAGAGUCCCAUCCAGCAACAGGUGCAGGCGCAGGUGCAGCAACAGGUGCAGACCCAGGUGCAGUCACAACCAGCUGCAGUCUCCGUCAACACUGCGCCAGUGAUGUCAUCCAGUACAGAUGUCUCCCAGGCGACGUCUGUUCCGCAGGUGAUCCAGGUGCAGACUGGGCCGGGGCAGCAGCAGGGCAUCCAGACCAUCAUGGUCCAGCAGACUGACCCAAACACUGGACAGAUCCAGCACAUACCGGUCCAGGUACAAGGUGGCCAGCUACAGUAUAUCAGGCUAGCCCAGCCUCCUCAACAACAGCAACAACAGCAGCAACAACAACAGCAGCCACAGCAGGGACAGCUUGUACAGCAGAUAGCUGUACCAGCUGGACAGCAGCCACAACAGCAGCAGCAACAACAACAACAGCAGCAGCAGUUCACACAGUUUACUGCCGAUGGGCAGCAAUAUCUCCUACAGCAGGUGAACAUCCCCACCAGUGGGGCCCCUACCCCUCAGCAGAUCUUCGUGGCACAGUCCAGCCCCUCUGGGGGAACAGCAGGCACCCAGCAGACAGCGCUGCUACAGCAGGAUGGACAGCAACAGGAACAGCAACAGCAGACCUGAUGAACUGGACUUUAGCAGUGCCAACUGUGUUUUGUAGUUGAGACAUCAUAUGCCAUGUUAUAUUUACAGAAGUUACGUAUAGAUCAACAGACCGUGAUCUUCCUUGGGCAGCAUUGUGGUAUACUAUCAGAGGAGCAAGUUUGAAAAAAUGUAGAAAUGACAAUGUCCUCUGGGCCCAAAAUACAGCAAAUUUCACUGCUUAAGCAAGCGUGACAGCAACAGGAAUGAUUAUUAUAACUGAGUAUUAAAGGAUAAGUUUGGAGAAUAAAUAAAAAGACUUGUACAAGAGCGGCAACACAUUCAAUUGCAUCAUAUGUACAUAACAUUAUUACCUUUCUGGUACUGAGGUAAAUACAAUAUCUUUUUAAGAUAUUUGACAGGAUAUCAGAUCACUGUAGUAUACGUAGUAGUUCUCCAUGUCAGACAUUAUGAUUCUUUAUCUUUGCACAUAUUUUUCAGCACAUGGUCUUGAAUGAUAAAUAUCUCAGGAAGAGCCAGGCAGAAAAGCUGUUUUUCCAUGUUGAACGACUUUGAAACCAUUUCUGGACCUUCUAAAUGGAGUAGCUCCAUCCACAAUUGUAAAAUUGUUUGUUGGCAGAAACGUCAUUGCUUGCUGUUACUGUCUCGGAUUCAGUAUUUUUUACUAUGAUGUUUAAGUGGUUACAUGCUGUAUUUACUGGUAGGUCCCUUUUCCACUAGACAGUGAUCAGUAUUAUGGAGCAAAAUUGGAUUUUUGUGAUCCUUGAUUUUGUAACUGAAACAUGAUACACCAUGCAUAAGUAUAAAAAACAACAAAAUGUGAACAUAUAUAUUCUUAAUCUGUUAAUUUGUUGAGCGAUUUUCAAACUUUUUGUGACUCAGCAGUCACAUCCUCCAGUGGAAAGAGGGUUAUGUAUUUUACAUGUACCUAUCAGUGCUGAAUAAAUAAGUAAAUAAAAGGAGCUCCUUCCAAUCUAGGUAGUUCCUAAAUCAUCUUAUGUCCAAUCUCUUAUAUAUGUACAUGUAGUUGAUUACAAUUUAUUUUGUGAACAUUCUCCUACUCAAAGAGUAGGUAGUCUUAACUCUUAUGUAUGGACUUGUACUUGGCACUAGUUUAGAACAUAUAGGUAAUAAUUUUGACCAGUCAGAGAGUAAAGUCAAAAUCUAUGUAAACAUCUAAAAUGAUUGGUUGAACCCAAUACACUUUGUUGAAUACAC